CUUUACCUUUCAUAGAUAAUACCCCCUCUUUUCCCUCUCCUGGAGAAUAGAAUAUCAACCCCUCAAACUCCUCCCUAUUUCCUUGAUCACUACCUCAUUCAAUACCGGCGAGUUCGUAAUAGUUCCACGCAGCUGCCUGUCUACACGUACUAUUCAUAGUUAAGUUCGAGUUACUGCGGCCCUUCGUGGCACAUCCAUUUUGAUAGCGCCUACUUACUUUGGCGACUCUGUCCAAGCUAUUUGAAUAGGUUGGAGCUUUUUUUCUUCAAAAUCAUACCUAUUAACAUGGCUUCGGAACUUUUUACAUGCACUUCUCUAGUAUCAUCUUAUUACGAAAAUCCCCCUUCUAGGAUUUCGUAUUCGUAUUGCGCAAAGCUGAUGCCUACAGGUCCUCUUACUGUUAUGGCAGAUUCGAACAUUCUCAGCAAUGUUGAAAAGUCUUUAGUGGAGUCGGUUGUCGAGACCUCGACGACCGACGCUGAUGCAAACACAAAAUCUACCCCGAUCGCCGCUCCGAGCGGAACGCUUAUUAACGAUAACGUGCUUGCGCACCAAAAUGACAAUAAACCUUCUAUUGGAACAUCUUCAGUGGGUGGUAUUAGCAGUGGAACUGUUGGUGCGGACUCGGAUGCGAUUGGUCACAUGAAUGGAACCAGUCCCACCGAUUCCGGGUUGAAGGUAGAUACGGAGUCAAUCGGCGCGCCUGGUUCUCGACCCGGAAGUGUUUCUCCUACAAAGACAGAUGGUUCCAGACCUCUGGAUAGAAAAUCAUCGCUCAAAAAACCCACAUUCAAACCAGUUUCUCUGAACAAGGCUUUUCUUAAGGAACAGACAUCUACCAGUGGACCCGCCCCCAACCCACUAAGCUCCGUUCUUUCUAAUACCAAAGGCAACUUAGCGUUUUCGCACCAACCUGCCCCUCGCGGCCAUACAGUAUCUAAACUUAAGCUUGUCAAGACCGGUGGGACCUCGCAGUCGUCUAGACCCGGUCUAGGGUCUUCUCUAUCUACUGGUAUAAAGCGUAACGAACAGGCGCAGCCUGUUUGGAACAAGAACCAACCAAUUCCCCCACCUCCGGCCAAAGAUGUUACGGAUGAAGAGCUUAAAAAAGAAUACGGCAUUCAUAUGGCAUCUAGACUUGGCCCCGAAGGUACAGGUGCGAAAUGGGCUGAUAUUGACGAUGACGAUGACGAUUGGGUGCCGGAAGUCCCCGAGAAAUGGGGGGACGCUCUUAAGCUAGCCCCAGUUGAGCCAACCCCACCUACGAUUGCCCCAUCUCCGACUCCCCCUGCAAAAGUCGAACAGGCGCCACUUGAUGUUGCCGAUACCUCACCGCCAAAGACACCUUUGCCUGCGACUGCUAAGGAAGAAGUCCGCCCCAAAACCUUGAUUACUGAGAGACUUAGUUCUAAGCCAGUUGAGAAGGCGCCUCCUCCCAUCGUCCGAGCAUCACCAUGGGCAAAAGUUCCUCCCGCUCCCGUUCAGUCUCUGGCUUCUAAUGUGUCUCAAUCAAGAGAUAUGGAGCCCCCUCGCCGUUCCAACUAUGGAACGGAGUCUAUCGCAAAUCACUCCUCAGGGCAGCCUCAUGGAAUGAAGGAAGUUUCUGCAGACGUUUAUGGUCGCUCCUGGCGCGAUGGAAAUCACAACCAAGGGCCUAGAGAGCGGGAAUUGUACAAUUCUGAAACUGGUCAACUUGAGCCCGUACAGGAAUCUAGAAACAAAGGCCCCAGAGCCAGAGCCGAAGGAAAUGUCGAUAAACCGUCAGUCUUGCAACGCCCUACUGGGCCACCCCCCCCAGCCGAGCCUUCACCAGCUUUCCAACAACAGCGAAGCAGUAUGAUGCACCAUAGGCCCGAUGAGUAUAGGCGUAGAAGGACAUCAUCGAACGUUAGCGGUGGUAGCGGGAGCACUGGAAGGAGGCCGUCUUUUAGCAAAUUUGGGCUUGAACAACCCCCAACCCCCGAAGAUGGGAGAUUUCCCUUAAGGCCUAGCCCCAUAAGCCAUUUCUCGACAGAUGCACAUCAAGAUCAUAACCAAACUAGCUUGCCCGCCAAAUUCGAGAAUUCUAACCAAGCUUCUAACAUUGAAGUCCCUUCUCUGGCAGCCGUUCCAAUUAAGCCAGCCAUACCAGAGACUCCCAUGGAAGAUCUAGUUGCUCAGCAGGAACGGAUUAUGAAGGAAGGUCGUGAACUCGCGAGGAAGCGCAGACAGGAAGAGGAAGAAAAGGAAGAAGCCGCUAAGAAAGAGAGACUUCAGGUUAAACUAGAUGAAUUAGAGAAAAAGGCUCUUGAGAAGAAAGAAGCUGAGUUACGAGCGGCAGAAGAGGCGAGAUUGGCUGAGGAAAAGGCUGAGGCUGAUAGAAAGGCUGAGGAAGAGAGAGUCAAUGCGGAGAAAAAGGCUGCAGAGGAAGAAGCAGCUCGUAAGGCUGCCGAAGCCAGACCCGUAUCGGACCGAUAUGAGCAUCCUCGUAGCUAUCUUCCUACUCAACCUCAAAGUCGGCGCUCUUUGAAUACCAUGCAAAAUCGGUCUCCAAACAGGAGCUUUGCAAUACCCGCCAUAAGGGAUUCUAAGGAUCAACCAUGGAAACACGUGUCUCCGGGCAAUGACAGGUAUACCAGUUGGGGCGGUGCGCAACAGAAUAGCCAGGGCUCUGGUCCCAAUCCUUGGGGACCUAUCGAAAAACCCAAGUUUCAAGGCAUGAAUGGUGUUGGAAACGGGACGUUCGAUAACGGAUAUUCUGGGUUUUCGACAAGACCACCGCCGCCUACGUCUGCUUAUCCACAGAAUCCCAGGGAUGAUAGGCGUAAUAGCAGAGGCCCACCGACCUCCCCGGGACUCUCCCGUGGUGGAUUAUCUCAGUAUGACAGGGCUCAAGCUGUUAGCCGUUGGAACGCUCUACCCGGCAAAAUCCUGGAGGAUGAAGCUGAGCAACGGAGAAAAGAUCGAGAAGCCUACCUCGCCAGACAAGCAGAGGAAGCAGCCACUGGCGUAAAAAAACCAGGUAUAGUUCCACCGAAGCUGGUUGAGACAUGGAGAAAGACAAAUGGAGAUGAACCCGAAUCCAAAUUCGUUGUUAAAACCGAAACCUCUCAGGAGGGAGAGCAAUCGAGCUCCGCUGAGAAACUGCCUGGAGGGCUGUUGGCUACAACUAUAGGCACUAGCAUGGAAGACACCAGGGUAGAAUCUAGUCAUCCCACGGGUCCUGCUCCCAACGUCCCGACUGGGCCAGCAGCGACUCGGCCUGCCUCUCGAUUCUUCCCGGCAGCGGCUGGCAAUCUCAUUGCCCAACAUUUGGGAACUCAAUCUAAAUCCUCUCACUCUCCUGCCAAGGCGCUUAGUCCACCAGGCUCCCCGCCACCUCCAAUGUCCGCUGAGCACCCAGUUCAUGGGGAUAUAAAUUCCCGGGUUGUGCAACUACCCCCUUCUGGUCACGGGCAUUAUCAACAUCCGCACGGAAGGGUAUCACCCACCCUGCACAUGAAUGGAUAUCAUAGGACGAAUCAUCCCAAAUCACCACAAUUUUCGGGGGUCCAGGCUUUUGAGGCCGUGCAGCAGAAGAUUCUGGGCAUGACCCAGAAACAUUCACCCCCCCAGCAGACAGCAAACCUCCAAGCUCAACCACCAAAGGGGCCCGCAUCAAGGGAUUUCUCGACAACUAAACCCCUAUACGAUGGAUCCCCGGAGAGAGUUGUUUCGAGGCCUGCGACGGUCUCGCUUCCACCCCAGUCAGAUGGUGAAGAGGGUAGUAGUAAUUGCCAUGAUGUCUAUGAGGAAUCCAUUCUCACCAAGCCGGAUAACGAGGAAUUUUUCCACGAGCUUUUUGAGCGUGACUUUGGCUCUACACCUACAGUUAAACUCCCUCAUAUCGUCCCCGCUAUUUAUGCGAAUCAUUCGAAGAAAAUUCCGGCCGCCAACUUGCCAAAGCCUUACAGUAAGCGGCCUCCCUCGAAAUGGCAGCUUCAGACCACCGACAUAUUCAAUCCAUUCGGGCAAAAGGAUUUCAUCAACGGGGAGGGUAAAAGGUUUAUUCCUGUUCACCUCCCUGGAGGCGCAUCCAUCGAAGUGUUGAGCCGUGAUGGGAGGCGUAGCACAGGCAAUAAGAAGGGAUAUUCUCAACAGAGAUCAAAGAACAGCCGUUAUAACGGAGGGGGGAAUACUGGUGGCGGCCAUAUCGGGCGUGGUGGGGUGGGUAGGAGGGUCGCAGAUCCGGUUCAGUAACGUAACUGAAGAGCAUUCGAGGGUGGUCAUGGCUGUUUAAUGUUUUGUCCUGUUUGCUUUAUCCGCUGCUCGGUGUGCGUGAGGGCUCGUGGUGUUGCUGAUAGAUGAUGAAUGUCUUGUCUGAAUACGAAGCAAUGGUGACCAAGGUGGGAAGUGUGCGUAUCAGCUCCCGGUUUGGCCAUCAUAAGAUAGCUCGAAUAUUGUAGAUUAGCUGGACAUGGGAGUCUCUUGUUUUGUCUUUUCUUCUUCGCAUUCCUUGUACCCAUCACACAGGACGUCUUUCCCUGGUUCUUUUCCUGUUUGGUUAAGUUGUAGCCAAGGUUUUUUCUUUCUCUCUUUUUUUUUUUUCUUCCAUAUCUCUUAAGCUUCUUCCUUAUUCCAGUUUCUCUCCACUAUUCAUAUUCUGUUUUCUGCUUAGCUUGGCGUCUGUAGGGUUUCGGUAUGCUGUGCUGUGCUGUGCUGUGCGUGAAACCCCUCUCUCUCUCAAGUUCCUGUUGUGGUGUACCGGUAGCUGGUUGGCUGGCCGGCUGAAUUGAUUAAGGGGACGGUGGGCAGGCGGGCGGGUGCUAUUUUGUGAUAUUGUCAUUCCAUAUUGCUCAUAUCUCGUGUUUUUCGGGGGGUUUUCCUUUUUUAUAUUAUAUACAUUAUUGUUUUUUAACGCAGGGGUGGGUACCGCUCGUUAUGUGCUUGUCUGCUUGGAUGAGGGGGAUUCGGGGAGCAUGAUCGUUGCUGUGGUUUGGUGCUUACGACGCUGGUUAUGCUAUGUAGUCAUGGAGGGAUGGGAUGGAACGGGAUGGAAUGGGAUGUGCCGGGGGUUUUAUGUGAUAUGAUAUUUGUAGGACUGGCUGGCUGGUUGGUUGGUUGGUCAUUGACUGGUCUGUAUGCGCUUUUUUCGCAUAUGAAAAUCAGAUAUGAAAGUUA